GAAGACUCAAAAUCCACCGCCAUUAACAACCAAAUGAGAAACUCAAAAUCCUCUGCAACUUUAUUAACCGUUUUACUCUUACUCUCUACUCUCUUCCAUGUAAGAUCUUCAAUGAAAGACGCAGCUCUUCUUCUCCGUGUCAUCAAUGGCGGCCUCGUUGAUCCAGAUGCCAGUCUCAAAAAUUGGUCCUAUUCUACUAACAAUCCUCCCUGCGAUUGGACUGGUAUCACAUGUAAUCCGCAAACAAACGACGUUGUCUCCAUCUUCCUCGACAGUUUCAAUCUUACCGGCUCUUUUCCAGCCGAUUUCUGCAGGAUCACCGCGCUUCAGAAUCUCUCUAUUGGAGAUAAUAGCUUCAACGGCAGUUUAUCAUCGGAUUACUUCUCUCUUUGCUACAGUCUCAAUUUCAUGAAUCUAUCCUCUAAUUACUUCAUCGGAGAGUUACCAGAGUUUUCCGUCGUCUUUUCGAACUUAACCACGCUUGAUCUCUCUUACAACAGCUUCUCCGGCGAUAUUCCGAGGAGUUUUGGACGGUUACCAUCGCUUAAGGUACUUAGUCUCUAUGCUAACAAUCUUAGUGGCUAUUUUCCAGAGUUCCUUACUAAUCUCUCUCAGCUGACACGGCUUGAACUUGCGUACAAUCCUUUCGUUCCAAGCGCUCUUCCUCAAUCCAUCGGAAAACUACUGAAUCUCGAACGGUUAUGGCUUACGCAGACAAAUCUAAUCGGCGUUAUUCCGGAUACGAUCGGCGAUCUUGUUCAAUUGAAGAAUCUCGACCUUUCCGUCAACAAUCUUACUGGCGAUAUACCAUUGAGUUUUAGCAGAUUGAAAAACAUCGAACAAGUCGAGCUCUAUAAGAACAAUCUGUUUGGCGAAUUGCCUGAUUUUUUCUCCAAUUUAUCAUCACUGCUUCUAUUAGACAUUUCCGAGAACAACUUCACCGGUAAAUUACCAUUAACUCUUGCCGAAUUGCAUCUGGAAUCACUCAGUCUGACUGACAACAACUUCACCGGCGAGAUACCCGAUGUUAUCGCUUCGAAUCCGAAUCUCUCAAUGCUAAAGCUAUUCAACAACAAAUUUACAGGCGUAUUGCCGGCGAAAUUAGGUGAGAACUCCGACCUAAGUGAUAUCGAUGUCUCCGGAAAUGAACUUGAAGGUACGAUACCGAUGAAUCUCUGUAAGAGGAAGAAGCUCGCAAGACUUGUCCUGUUUAACAAUAAAUUCUCAGGUCCAAUUCCUGACUCGUUCGGCGAUUGCGAUUCUCUCUUCUACGUUCGCGUCCAAAACAAUGAACUAUCAGGACCCAUACCAUUAGGUUUCUGGAGCUUGCCUGGCUUUCAAUUCCUUGAAUUGGAAAACAAUGGUUUCGAAGGAACAAUUCCACCACAAUUUUCCGUCGCCAACGGCUUAACCACGAUGUUGAUUGCCGGUAACAGAUUUUCCGGCCAGCUUCCGCCUGAAAUCUGUAAUUUAUCGAAGCUUGUAGAUGUCGAUAUGAGUAGAAAUCAAAUCUCUGGAGUAUUACCUGCUUGCAUUACUAAUUGGAUAAACAUAGAGAAUCUUGAUCUGGAAGAGAACAGAUUAACAGGUGAGAUUCCGACUACUAUAAUUAAUUGGAAGAAGCUGGUUUGGAUGAACAUCUCUAACAAUGAUUUCUACGGCGAAAUUCCAAGAGAAAUCGGACUUCUCCCGUAUCUAAACUACAUGGAUCUCUCCAGGAACUCAUUUUCCGGCAAGAUUCCACCGGAGCUGACUAAGUUGAAGCUCAAUGUGUUCAAUCUCUCUAAUAACAAGCUCAAUGGACAAGUCCCCAUCGGCUUCGACUCCAAGUUCUUUGCUUCAAGCCUAACCGGGAACCCGGGUCUCUGCGGUCAGAAUCUAGAACCACUUCCCAAAUGCAAUCAACAAAAAUCCAAACCCUUAAAACCCCAUUUGGUGGGGCUUGUGAUAGCCUUCUCCAUAAUACUCAUCAUAUUAGUUUUAUAUCUAGUGAGGUCCAAAUUGUUCAAACUCCUCUUUCGCAAAUUGAAGCCCUCUCUAACGAUCACUUCAUUCCAAUGGGCUCAAUUCAGUGUCGAGGAAGUGUUGGGAUCAUUGACGGAACGAAAUCUCAUAGGGGAAGGGGGUUCUGGUCAGGUGUAUCGGUUACCGGUGAGGACAGGACAGGUCCUGGCGGUAAAGAGGCUACGCGGCGGCGGAAACCUAGACAUGGAUGCAGAUGAGGUUUUCCGAACGGAAGUUGAGAUGCUUGGGAGAGUUCGGCACGGGAAUGUGGUGAAAUUGGUGUUUAGUUGUAUAGGGGAGGAUAUUCGAUUGUUAGGGUAUGAAUACAUGGUAAACGGAAGCUUAUGGGACGUUUUGCAUGGAGAGAAGAUGGUGUUGAAUUGGCCGGAGAGGUUUUCGGUAGCGAUUGGGGCUGCGCAAGGUCUUUCGUAUCUACAUCACGAUUGCUUACCGGGGAUUAUUCAUAGAGAUGUUAAGUCGAAUAACAUAUUGCUAGACGAAUAUUUCAGGCCGAAGUUGGCUGACUUCGGCCUCGCCAAGACGGUUCGUCGCAACACCGAUGAAGAGAAGCAGAUGUCUCGUGUUGUAGGCUCUUGCGGCUACAUUGCUCCAGAGUAUGCAUAUACAUUGAACGUGAACGAGAAGAGCGACGUGUACAGUUUUGGUGUAGUUUUGAUAGAAUUAAUUAGCGGGAGAAAACCAAACGAGUUAUUUGGGGAGAAUAAGGAUAUCGUGAAGUGGGUUAGAGAAGGCGCGAUGUUAUCUUCGGGAGAUCUAGACUUGGGGUGGCUAGUGGAUAAGAGGAUGACACUUUCGUCGGACAAUGAAUAUGAGGAGAUUGAAAUGGUCCUCAAAGUGGCUCUUGGAUGCACCUCGGCUUUGCCUAGAGAUAGGCCUUGCAUGAGACGAGUGGUCGAAAUGUUGAAGGGGCGUUGAUGAGAUGAACAUAGUGUAGGUGAGAAAGAUUUUCAAU